GUCUGGGGGUCGGCGUGGCCCAGACCCCUACCCUGCCUGCGGUCGGCAAAGCAAGCCUAGCGGGAGCACAGGCUCACCUCGGUCCCCGCCUCCAGCUGCGCGGGGCUCGUCCUGACUUUGGGCUCAGCCAGUUGCUCUGGCGCCCACCUGGGGAGGCGGCGACCCGGCCUCGAGCGCCGACAGCUGGAAGCCCCGGCGCGGGCCGCCCGGGACCGACGCCAGUGCCGCCACGCGCCCCGAGCCAAGCGCGGGGCGGGCCGGGCGCUCGCGCACCGUCCUAACCCGCUCCGCGCCUCGCCCCGCCGCCCUCGGCCCCCACCCACCGGCCGCUCCUCCCCUCUCCCCACCCUCCUCCUCCGCCCCCUCCCUUCCCCCGCCGCCUCGCAGACUGCUCGGCCGCGCGUCUGAGGCGCCCGGGCCCGGAGCGCAGGCGGCGAGGCCACCGCACCUGCCGAGUGCUCUGGCUGCCUGAGUGGCACCUCACUGCCCGCCGGCGGAUUCCCUUCUCCCCCCGCGCCGGGUCGCCCAUGACGUCCGAGCCCACCGGCCGGCGACAAUGACCACUUCCCUGCAAGAUGGGCAGAGCGCCGCGGGCAGGGCGGCUGCUCAGGAUUCGCCGCUGGCGGUCCAGGUGUGCGACGCUGCCCAGGGGAGGGGCGACUCCCGCGACCUGGCGCCAGCCCCCUGGUUGCACGCGCCCGCGCUCCUGCCCCCUCCGGAUGGGACCCGCGGCUUUGCUGCAGACAGGAGAAAAAAGAAAGAGCUUGAUGUUCUGGAAAUGCCAUCUAUUCCAAACCCUUUUCCUGAGUUGUGCUCUUCUCCAUUUACAUCUGUUUUGUCAGCAGGCCUGUUUCCCAAAGUAAAUGCAAGGAAAAAACAGGUAAUUAAAGUAUAUAGUGAAGAUGAAACCAGCAGGGCUUUAGAAGUACCCAGUGACAUAACUGCCCGGGAUGUUUGCCAGCUGUUGAUCCUGAAGAAUCAUUACAUUGAUGACCACAGCUGGACCCUUUUUGAGCACCUGCCUCACAUAGGUCUAGAAAGAACGAUAGAAGACCACGAACUGGUAAUUGAAGUGCUAUCCAGUUGGGGAAUGGAAGAAGACAAUAAGCUAUGCUUUAGAAAAAAUUAUGCCAAAUAUGAAUUCUUUAAAAACCCAAUGUAUUUUUUUCCAGAACAUAUGGUGUCUUUUGCAACUGAAACCAAUGGUGAAAUAUCCCCCACACAGAUUUUACAGAUGUUUCUGAGUUCAAGCACAUAUCCUGAAAUCCAUGGCUUCUUACAUGCAAAAGAACAGGGAAAGAAGUCCUGGAAAAAGAUUUACUUCCUUCUAAGAAGAUCUGGUUUAUAUUUUUCUACUAAAGGGACAUCAAAGGAACCACGGCAUUUGCAGUUUUUCAGCGAAUUUGGCAAUAGUGAUAUUUAUGUGUCACUGGCAGGCAAAAAAAAACACGGAGCGCCCACUAACUAUGGAUUCUGCUUUAAGCCUAACAAAGCAGGAGGGCCCCGAGACCUGAAAAUGCUCUGUGCAGAAGAAGAGCAGAGUAGGACGUGCUGGCUGACUGCGAUUAGAUUGCUUAAGUAUGGCAUGCAGCUGUACCAGAAUUACAUGCAUCCAUAUCAAGGUAGAAGUGGCUGCAGUUCACAGAGUAUAUCACCCAUGAGAAGUAUAUCAGAGAAUUCCCUGGUAGCAAUGGACUUCUCAGGCCAGAAAAGCAGAGUUAUAGAAAAUCCCACUGAAGCCCUCUCAGUUGCGGUUGAAGAAGGUCUUGCUUGGAGGAAAAAAGGAUGUUUACGACUGGGCAUUCAUGGUAGCCCCACUGCCUCUUCACAGAGCUCUUCCACAAACAUGGCUAUCCACAGAUCACAGCCAUGGUUUCACCAUAAAAUUUCUAGAGAUGAAGCUCAGCGACUGAUUAUUCAGCAAGGACUUGUAGAUGGAGUUUUCUUGGUGCGGGAUAGUCAAAGUAAUCCCAAAACUUUCGUACUGUCAAUGAGUCAUGGACAAAAAAUAAAGCACUUUCAAAUUAUACCAGUAGAAGAUGACGGUGAAACGUUCCACACCCUGGAUGAUGGCCACACAAGAUUUACAGAUCUAAUCCAGCUAGUGGAGUUUUAUCAACUCAAUAAGGGUGUACUUCCCUGCAAGUUGAAACAUUAUUGUGCUAGGAUUGCUCUUUAGCCAAACCAGAAGUGACUUGUUAAACUAUUGAAGAAAAAGAACUCUAGGAAAAAAAAAAAAAAAAGCCCACAAAUAAGGAUGAAAAUGUUGCCAUGGUGAAAAGAAUGUAUUUUACCUACAGGUUAACAAAAAAUAGUUUGUGCAUUGCAAAUAAGCAAAGACUUGGAUUGACAUUACAUUUCAUCAUUUAAAAUUCAUUAGUUAAAAUUAAACCUCAG